AUGUACAAGACACUUAUUUCAGAAUACUUUGCUGGUAGUAAAAAUCAAUAUAAAUUGGUGCAAGCAGACACAAGGCCCUCUGAACCAGAUCCAAUUGCUUUAAAAGAAGGGACUCUGAACAAUGAAGGUGCUUCCAACCAAGUUAAGGAGACCUCCAACAUUGAGAAUAGCUACUCUCAUCGUCUACAGAAGAACUUGAAGCCUGGAAAUUUAAGGAUAGAACAAGUCAAAGAAAAGGAGAACAAGAAAAUUUGGUCAGGAAAGAAACCACCAAUCACCAUCAAGACACAAACAGAGUCAUGUCUAGGCCAAGGCACCGUUCCAGUGUUACCAGGAACCCCAAUUUCGGAUUCCUGGAGAUCCAAGUUGGUACUUGAGAAACAGUCAUUUAUGGAGUCACCAAAGGAAGUCAAAAUUGAGAGAUCAAGCCCCAGAGAAGAUCCUCAUGGACAUCAAUCCAGUGAUAGGGUGGAGGAAAUUAUUUCACAGAAUAAAGAUGAUUGGAUCAUCCCCAAAAAGAUCUUCAAGAACAGUCAAGUUAGGAAAGUAGAUACAUCCCAAGAGGCCAUUAAUUUGAUCACUGAGCUGCCAAAGGUUCAUCAUGAGCCUUCUUCAGAUUCUAUCAAUUCACUCGAAGCUUUAAAAACAUCAUCAAAAAGAUUACAAAAUUCAAGUAAAAAGAAAAAGAAAAAGAAUGAUACAAGCUCAAAAUCAAAUUCAAAUGCUGGUAAGAAAGGGAAAGCUGGUAAAGAUAUUGAUGAAGAUUGGGAUACAGACUUAUUGAAAGCCUUGAAAGAAACAUCUGCCUCUGAUGAAAGGAAAGAAACAGAGCAUGAAAAACUUAUCAAGAAUCUUCAAAAGAGACUUCAAAGUAUCUUUGUUUCCGAUGAUAACCGCAAGAUUGAUGUUCCGUCUUCAAGCAGCCAUCCGUCGUAUCGCAGUCUGAUGGAAGAGUUUCUUCGCGUGGAAAACCAUACACCUCUCUUGGAGCUAAAUUUGAAGUCUCAAACAGUCAAAACCCUUCGUGAAGCUGAGCUUGAAGCGAAGUUGCGAACACCACACAUGAACGCGUACUGGUUACAGACUAUUGAAGACAUAUUGGCCGAGGAACUCACGUCGGUUGAACGUAUUGAAAGAAUUCGACGCCAAAAGGCAUUCUUUUUGCAAUAUCUUCUCAUAAAAGACAGCGAAAUAUUCAAAGAAAAGAAAGACAUGUGGAGCCAAGAGGCAAGACAAGUAGCUACUUUGUUGCAUUAUGAAAACCCGUUUGAAUUGUUCCUUGACACUACAAAGGAGGAAAUUGAGUUUCUCAAACCCCAUCUCGAGCUUAUGGCCGCUUCUGAGCAUGAACUCCUAGGUCACUUAUCAAAAGAUUCCCUCGGCUUCCGACGUAGCAUGAUAUUUCUGCGUAUCCAAGAGCUGGAGACACCAAGUCCUCAUGGAUUUUUUGGUAAAAAAUUUCUGGAGGCAGCCUGCCAGCAAGCUUUCCACAUGCCUAUGUUUCGCCAAAUCGAGAUUGCUUUGGAACUUUCAGCACCAGAAGUAUCUUGGAAAGGGCUAAGCGAUGAUGAGUUGGAGAAAAAAUAUUUUCAGAUGUUGAAUGCCUUAGCUGGAAUGCCUGGCCAGCUACUGAGCUCGCCUGGAAACUCUGAAGCGGAGCUCUACUCUCAAGCUGAGUCCAAUUGGAUCAACUCUCAUGCUGCACAGUUACUCAGCAUUGAUCCUGAACUUUCACAACGCGUCUUCAAUCGCUUCAAGUCGUUACUUAUGGCUUUGAAAGGAAACAAGAUAAGACCUUUACGUGCAAUAUGGAAAGACUCAGAAGGUUCAUCACUUCUAGAAAUGAAUGAAGAACUCAUUUCGCGCGAUGAAGCCCUGGCAGCGACCUAUGUAGGUAUCACAUUAUCUGGUAUAGCCAGGCUUAAAAAUUUGCUCAGAGCUAGAAAUAUUGGUGUUCAAGGUAAUCAUAGGCCAUUUAUUCACUUGACUAAGUCACUCAAUUGUAGAGAGGGGUCUUCUGAAUUUGUACCAAGGAUAGAAAUUGAGCAACUGAUCGUACCUUUCUCAUCUGUGGCGAGAAACGCCAUCCAGUUCGAUGUGGGAGCCAAACGCCCAGUUUAUACCAUUUCAGGUAGAGAGGCCAUCAUGCCGCCUCCUGGCGAAGCGCUUUCCUGCGAACCGGUCGUCCUCGAUCCUUCUUGGUGGCCUAGGGAUCUGGAAAGCGAGCUUUACUCAGCACCGAAAAGUUUCGUAUUCCAACCUCCAAACUCGAAGGAAGAUAAUCUCGUCGUUGCUUCGGGUUCAGGAUUAAACGCCGUCAUUAAUACGGCAGAAGCCUUCGACCGCAAGCCAUCGGUUUUUCUUGAACCUCCUCUUUUGGAACGUAUCCUUCCAAGAGGUACAAUCGGACCUGAGGAUAUUUCCCUCAAGCGUUCUCGGGGCAAAGCUUCAGCUGCGCCUCCGAAUCUUUCACAUCGUGAAAGAAUACCUCCCUUGGAUCUUUCCAAGAACCAAGGUCGAGAAGAAAAUCUUCAUCAAGAUUCAAUCCUCGAGAGGAUUUAUUCUCGACCCCUAUCUCGCCCCCCUCUUACUCGUCAUCAAGAAAAAGGCAAAGGCCGCGAACGACCUCCUUCCCCUCCUGUACUUCACGAAAGAAGUUCUCAUCGCAGAAGGAGUAACACACCUCCUUCUCCUCCGGAGAGCCGAAAACGUCGACGGGACCCGUCAUCAUCUCCUUCCAGUCGAAGUAGUUCGUCUCGUUCUUCUUACGACAGUCACGAUCAAGCCUCUGAUCAUAGUCGAACUAGAACUACUUCGCCAGUCGCCAGAGAAUCUGCUUUGGCGCUUCUCUCGGUUCCUAUCGAGAAACUCAAGAACCGUAAAGCUAGUGCUAUGUCACUUAUCAUUCAGAGCAUGGUCAGGGAGUAUUCUCAACACUCUAAGAAGGCCUUGUCUCUAUAUAACACAGGACCAAACAAACCACCUGGUUUCCCAUCAUCGAUGUCUAAAGACUUACUGGAAUACAAGUACAUCGAGAUUGAGAAACUGUUCGGCGAAAUGUCUUCUAAACCCUCUUCAGAAACAUUCAUCUUUAGCAAGAAAUCCAAAGGCUUGGACAUUCGCGGUGUUGUUGAUCCAAGAGAAAUCGAAAAUAUGUCGGAUUUUCUUCAAAUACUGGAUAUUCUCAGAGACGCUUACCACGCAGCUUUCUCUCCAGCAUCCGACUCAAUCGAUGAUUACUUUGAUUACAUCAAAAGUCUCUGCAAUUGGCAAGAAGAAUGCGAUUGGAGGAACGUUAUGGAAUUCGACGGUGUUCUUCGUCGCAAGUUCUCUGAAUACACCUGGAUUACUUUUGGCGACUACAAAGCUCCUGAACUCAGGCGUUUGGAAGCUCGCAGCCUUAAUCAACCAGCUACUCUUCCUGAGUAUGUACCUCAAGCUUCUUCUUCGAAAAAAUCUAAGCAGCCUGCAUCGUCUCAAGCCCGUCCGUCGAAAGAGCAACCAAAGUCGAAAACCAAAACAAAGAAGACCAAGAGGACUUCAUUCGACUACCCUCUCAAGGAUUGUGCGGGCGAGCCUUUAUCUGGCCAGCCUUGCAACUUAUGGAACGCUAAUGUAUGUCCAUAUUCCGACGACGACUGCAACCGAGCGCAUCACGUAUGCAACAAGCUGGGAUGCGAACUUGAUCAUAGAGGAGGCAUCGUCCACAGACGUGCCUAA